CUGCGCGCUCAUUCUCCAUCGACGACUGUGCUGGAAUGGACCCGUGCUGAUUCUGCAGUUGCAAAACAUAUCACGAACAGAGGUCUCGCGUUUUAUGUCGUUCGUCCUAGUCGCGGCGAUCGAACGAGGAAAAAUCCACAAAUAAAACGAGGAAAUGCAGGUGGUUGACAAUGGAGUAACGUGAAAUUCAUUGGUGUUUUCAUUAUCAUCUGUGUACCGUGGCCUUGUCAUUUUAGUAACUAAAAUCGAGUAAAGUGCAAAAGGAGUAAAAAAUACAGAAAAUGGGGACCAGAUUCGCAGCAUAUUCAUUGAAGUUAACUAAUCUGCACGACUACUAUCAGAGACUUCUUCACGGUAGUCAACCUGUACCUUCCGGUCUCGACAUGGCAAACACAGUGAAAUUCUUUUCUCAAAUGCUGCUGUCUCUGUUAAAAGAAGUUCGCGAAGCACCUUUCGAAAUGAUCAAGUCUCAGAAGUACGACGCAGAACGUAUGGCUCUUUACCCGAAUUUGGAUUACAAACAGCUGUACAACGCGCUCACUCAGCUGAUCGAUGUUGUUUCCUCUAUUCACACCGGUUUGCAAGUGUUUGGACAGGCAUUGCUUCAGUGUCUCGCGUGUCUCUUGCCUUUUUUGGACCACGAUAUGAUCGACAAUGUACCUUAUCUCACGGCCAGCUCGAUCUCGGUACUUCCAGUGGAACUUCAUCAAGAUAUCGUCAACUAUCUCUGUUUCUACAUUCUACCAUUCACCAUCACAAGGAAAACCGAGGAUGGAACGGAGAACGCAGCUAGUCAGUCGAUAGCGGCUGUUAUCAUGAUGAUCUUUCAAUACUCCACUAACCCAGCUCACCAUUGUCAACUAUUGGAAUGUCUAAUGGCACUGAAACCAGGCGUGGUAAAAGACAUUCUUUGCGUGGUGGCUUACGGCACGGCACCGGCAAGAGCUUCAGCAGCUAAAUUACUGUUCUACUACUGGCCAUCGUUCAAUCCAAAUCUCUUCGAUCGCAGGGCGGUUCUAAUGAAAUUCGCAAAUGAUUUGGCACCGUUCGUCUGUCAAAGAGAUUCUUGUCCAAAUGCGGGCAACGCCGAAGCUGGCAAAGUUUGUUACGAUCAUCGAAUAUCUAUCACAUUCGCUACAGAAACACCGCCACCUAUGUAUCUGUGUAUCGAAUGCGCGAAUGAAAUACACAGGGCGCAUCCUAAUCAAAUGUUCUACGAUAUUUUGCAUCCCAUGCAACAGGUGUCGAUGAUAUGCGAAAAUAAGAACUGUAAAGCCACGGACAAGUCGGCGAUCAGCGUCUGUUUCUCCACCGAAUGCGCCAGCUACAACGGAAACCAUCCGAUUCGCUAUUGCCAGAAAUGUCACACUAAUCGACACGAUAAAGGCCGGGGUGAGGACCACGUGUAUCAUACGGCGUUGCCUCACAUAUCGAAAUUGGAUCCUCAGACGCAGACCUAUAUGGUACAAGCGAUCGUCAGCCUGCUUAAGGAAGCUGAACCGCUAAGAUUCCCAGGGAGCGGCGGUGGGAGCAGCGGGGGUGGUUCUGGUAGCGGGAGCGGUGGGCAAUUCGAUUCGGCUACCUUGGAGGAGAGACAGCUACUUGGAAGAUACGGUGUCUGGCUGCUGGUCGGGCUUUGCACGCCGAAUCAAGAAACCUCGAUCGAAAUACUCGGCCGUUUAUUGUCAAUGCUAUUUCAUUGGUUUCAUGUUACUGCCUACUCUUUCGAUGGGCAAGCAGAGAGUGCAUUGGAGAAAUUGAAAACCGAAUACGUCUGUGGAUGGCUGUCGGAAGUGAUGAAAACUCAUUACGAAGUUUUUAUUUCCUGUCUUCUUCCACAUCCGGCGGACUACGUUCGAGUCGGAGGACACUGGGAAACAUUGGCCUCGAGGACGUCGCACUUAAAAGAUGGCCUAAAUCGCUUGUUCUGCUUAGUCCCCUACGAAGUAAUUACCCCAGACGUUUGGGACUACGUGAUGCCACACUGGAUGGAGGCCAUGGUGAACGACGUACCGGAGUACGAGCUGCACGAAUUAAAGAUGAUUUUAUGUAAAAUUUUGGAUCGGGACAUGAGUCCUCUAGGCUUCGACGCUAAGAAGAUGUACAAUUUCGUGGCGAAACGAUUUGUCAACACUUGCGCAAAGGUUCAAGAACAAGCUCUGAAUUGGCUGCAAACGCUAACUAUGUUGGAGAUCAGCAUUCCUCUGUGCCAACUGUUUUCCAUGUUCAGCGAUGGCGUGGCUGUUAUGGGUACCAUGAACAUUGCCGAGUCUGAGCAGAAGCCUAGCAAAGGAAAGAAGAAGAAGGACGAGGAAGGAAAUACUAUUUGUUCUGUGGUCGAAAACGAAUCAGGAAAAUCGACGCCAUUGUCCGACGAUGUUGUGCCAACACCGAGACACAUGGAAUUCACUACCAAUUCGGAGUUGAAUUUAUCCUGUUGCAUUCUUAUGCUCGAUAUAUUAUUGAAACAGAUGGAAUUGCAGAACAUAGAUAAGCACACAGGGAUUAACACGUGGGUUUGCAGGGACGCGUGUCGAUUGAUGAAAUCGAUCGUUGCCUCGAAUUGGAACAACUGCCACGUGUGUAACGCGGUCGCUGAGUGUACUUACUGUGAAUCUAGCGUGAUCUGGCAUCAAUUAUGCCUGCAAUUGGUCACUUACAUGGCACCGGAAAAUCCAGCUUAUCCGCCUGACAAAAUCGUCGACGAAAGUGCGGAGGAUCAUGGACGUAAAAGUCCAGAGACAGCGCGAAAAGGAGACUCAAAAUCCGACGUGGUAAUUAGUAUGCCAGUGCCGGAAAUGCACUCGGUCGGUGGCGUUCUUGCACACAUGCCUCAGUUCUUCGAACAGAUCAUGACAGCCACAGUAGAGACAGUUUCGGAGCAGCUGGAUCUCGCAGCUAUCAUGCCAACGGAAAAGGUCAUGUCAGCUGUUGCUCGAGCAGUUACCCUUUCUGAGACUGACGUAGCCACAGCCACCGUGAGCGUAGCCAAACCUCGACUGAUAGGAGAAAACGAUCAACCAUUGAAUCUAAGUCCAGAAAAUGAGGCGGACGACUUCUGGCACACCUCCGUUGGAAAGUUUCGAUUUAAUAUCGAGGAUCUUCCUGAACAACUACAGUACAUACACAAACUUUUGAAGGAGAUAAUGACGAUUGACAAGCCUGACAUACUCUACUAUAUGCUUCAAUGUUUAAACGUGAUGUGCCUUUACGGAGAUGCUUUCAACAUGGCGGUGAAGGAUCAUCAAGGAUUCUUCAUAUGGUGCCAAGAAAAUUUAUUGAUAAAAAAUCUAUGGGAACUCCUAAACGCCGAACACUCUCACAUAGCCCAGGUCACCGUGCCGUUGUUACUCCACUGCGUGACUCUACCCUGUGGAACGGACACUUUCUGGCGUCUGAUUCAGGAAGAAUUCCAUAAUUCGGAUUGGCGCGUUCGAUUCGUGGCAGUCGAAAGAGUCACACUAAUAGCUAGAUUUAUGGACUCCACUCCUCUAAGAAAUGUUAUGAGUCUGCAAGCUGCUCUAGCAAACGCGUUCUGUUAUCUGGUCGCGAGUAUGGACGACAGCAACGUAUAUGUUGCUCAGAGAGCCACCUUGUACCUUGGUACCAUCCAUGAUACAGCUAUGAGAUCUCUGAUUCUCUGCUUGGAAACUCAAUUCGAUACAGUGAUAGUCGAUCGUCCAAUGGUACUCCAAUCGCUGUAUCAGUUACACAAUAGCCUCAGCGACAGACAUGUUUUAACUUGGGAAUUUUUCUUGAAUCGUUUCGACGCUUUGUUUCUCGAGGCUCAAAUUAAUUUGGAACGAUCCGGAGAUGUACCCUAUCUACGUGAUCUCAGAAACACGGACCUGAACAGCGAAAUCUUCAUGAAGAAGGUGCACAGAGCGCAGGAAGCUCUGUCCCAGUCGGAUGGAAGCGGAACAAACUCUAUAAAGACGCUGAGCGCGAGUUUUGGCACGAAAUGGCCCUACAAACGCACCAUGUCAGCGCCGGCGUCGAUGAUUCCGCGACAGGACACUAAACAAGAAAAGGAGAAGGUGUACAGCCGGCAAUACUCGGCGCCUAUCCUGAAGCGCAAGAGCUCCAGAUUCGGACUGGGUCAGUUGCUGGGGUCCACCCCACCUAAUAACAGUAUACCAGAUGGUCACGUUCAUUCUUUAAACAUGGUGGACGAGGCUAGCGCAUUACCAGGGUACACCCACAGAAUCGUGGAUUUGGAAGAAGCUGACAAAGAAACCAUGCAUUUGCUGGUCUUCUUGUUGAUGCAAUUCCUUUCUAGACAGGACCAGGCUUAUCCAACGGAUGAGAAACCCCUGUCAAAAACGCAAGGAAUCGUGCUACGCCAUUUGUAUCUUCUACUAGGUUACAACCAAACUGAACGCACUUUUCAUACUUCUCCACAACGAUUAAGAGUUUCCCCUGUAUUCAACGUUUUCAUCGCGAAUCUUCCUCAACUACUAGAUCAGAAUCACGUGAUGGGAUGGGUGAUGACACCUCCGGUUCUAGCUAUCCUUCAACAUUGUCCUUGUCCACCGCAAGGUGUGCCUCCAUCUGAUCAUCAAACACCAACUUACAGUCUCUGGUAUCUCGAACCCCAUAACAGACGAUCUUGGUUAAUGUCUCUUCUCGUCAUACUGUACAAGUGUCAGUAUGGCCAGCAACCGUGGUGUAGCCAGUUGCAAGUGUUGAUCAAGAUCGUAUUAAACACCCUGGACACGCAGCAUCAUCAAUGCAAAAGAAUUCCAGCUACCGUAGUGAUGGGUGGUCCGCCAUCUAGAUCACGUGAUGUGUCACAACCGUCUCUGGGCGUAGACCAUGAGUUAAUGGGUAUGGGAGAUAUGAACACCGAGAGUCCUCCAAUGAGGACUCCCAUGGUAUCGGUUCAUCAACGGAGUCCAGGACCGACGCAUGGUCAGAUGGAGACUCAUUGGGAAGAAAGCACAACGACCUGCCGUUAUACGAACAAACACUCCAGCUACUCGAUCAAUGCGGAUGAUACGGAGUCCGAGCUGGCUGCAAUACCCGAGAGCCCAAAAUCUGACAGCACCUUGCAUGGCAGCAGUGGUGGAUCGCUCGGCGAACUGGAGGAAACCCCGACUGCUGUUACCAGAAGUGUUUCGCUCCAUGGAUCUAGAACCACCACCGACGUCUUGACGAAAAUGGAUUGGAACAAUCAAAACAUCAUCAGGAAAUCUGAAGGAAUCAGCCGACCCACUUGGUUUCUUGGUAGCGAGGAGGAUUCUCAUCAGAGUACAAAAAUUGGUCCCCAAAAGAAGUGGAGCGUUCACGAGGGCGUAAAAAUGAUGGUGACGAGUACUUUGCUAAGUGGUCAACCAGAUCUACAAAGGUACUCUCCUGUGUCAAGAAUCGAGAAAAUGUCAGAAAGGGCAGAAAAAGGGAUUCUAGAGAAAGCGAUUCCAGAGAAGCCAGCGCCAGAAAAAGCAGCCCAAGAAAGAAACAUCACUGUACAGAUAGCUUUCAACGGAGACACUGCUUCCUCGAAGCCUUUCGAGUUAUGCAGCGCUCUCGCAACCACUCUGCCAGCUCAAGUUCAAAAAUUCGAGCUGCAAAAAGAAAAGAUACCCCCAACAAGCUCCGGUAAUUCAGAUUCGCCAAAUACUAAACAACUGGGUCGUCAGAAGCGUAUAGAGCAAAGUGUGACCAUAGCUUCGCCUGUGUCUCCAAGUCAAGUGGUUACAGUCACGAGCAGUGACCAUUCGAGCUCUCCAGCAGUCAGUUCGGUAUCUUCGCAAGUCACGAGCACCGACAAUGGCCAGCAGCCGAGCUGGCACGGGUCUCCCUAUCCCUUAACCACGCCAACGGUUGAAAGACUUCUACCAAUUGGAACUACCAUUCGUCCAGUUGUUCCACGACCAAGCGUAGGUCAACGAAUUCUUCGUUGCGAGGAUACUUACGGUUCGCCUGAAUCACCUUUGUCCAAGAUGGAUGUGUUAACAGUCAGCUCCUCGUUCGAUCAGGAUAGUGAAACGUGUAUGUCCAGCGACGUAACGAGUCCUAGAAGCAUAUCGCAGUUGGAAUUUCCUAUGCCUGAACGAUUGUUACCUAUCGGGCCUCACAGAGACUUCAGUGGUUUGGUCGAGCACGUUCGUCAGGCGCUCGGUGUCCAAGAAAUCGAUUCCAAUAGAUUUAGCAAUAACAAUGAAAAUGGUAAAGGCGAAGCACAGCCGCCGGUGAAGCAAGAUAGCACAACGUCUGAGAAUAUGUCGGCAUCUCUAGUUCCAACGUCGAACGAGAUACACUCAAGUAGAUCAGCGAGUCCGAGAAGACUGACCAAGCAAGUAGCUCUAGAAUCACCGCCUCCAGCGAUGGAAUCCUCAGAUUACCCUUCUCGAGUGUUCGAUCCUGAUCGAAGAGGUAGAGUAAAGGAUCACGUUCGUAUUCAACGAGACAGGCCUCGAAAGGAUAGUAUCAGUGGACACGAUGGCCCAUUAUCCAGACGUACAGACUCUUGGUCUGGUGCUCAACUGCAACCUAACUUCGAUGUCGCAUCCCAACAAGCCUACCACGCUGAUUUUAGCUUGAAGCAAAGUUUAUUCCGCAUCGGAGACGACUGCAUUUACGAGAGGUGUUCGGAAUGUGGGACGAUAAAGGAGGAAUAUUCCGACGAGGAACUCGGUUUAUGCAUCAUCAACCUAGGCACGUUCAUCCAUCGUGAACCAUCCUUGGCAGCUCCGCUCUUGCCAGAAAUCCUACGUGUCGUGACAAAGGUGGCCCUCAAUGCGAUGUACCCUUGGCAAAGCGAGACCAACAUGCAUUUGCCCGGUGGCGCAAUCAGCGUUGCGCAUCAAUUCCUCCGUUGUGUUCUACAUCAACUGGCGCCUAAUGGAGUUUUCUUGCAGAUGUUCCAAACGCAUUUAAAUGGGCGAAGAUUUUACAACCUCUUCUAUGGAACCUAUGACAACCCAUUUCAUUUUCCAGAAUCUACAAGAAUGCAGUUCUUCAAGAGUGUUACUCAGGCCUUGGUCGACUUCAACGAAUUAAACCCGAUAGCACCUCUGCAAUUAUUGCUCGAGGCUCUAAACGCAAAGAAAUCUCUGCCAAUGGAGCGCCUGCCGAUAAUACUAUACAACAUAGCGUGCUACCUGGACUGUCUGCCGCUAGAAGCAGGUCUGGGUCCAGGUGCAGCAACCUGGAGCGGUCUUCUGACGCAGUUCGAUGGCCUGUUCCGUAGGCUGGUGCUGAUGCUCUCAUCCAUCGAAGACACCACUUCGUUAUUAAGGAUCAUGAUUUCUUUAUUGAAGGUCCCGAGCAUUCAACAGUCGAAGGGCAUGCUGGAUCCCUUUGCCAAGGUAUUGAGCUACGCCAUUCAGAAUUCUACUAUAAAGUAUAGUUACCUGACGGAUCUGUGCUACCUCUGUCACAGAGCCUUCACUAGAGACAGAGACAAACACUUCUUUGGAAGAACCAUCGUGUUCGAAUUAAUUCAAGCCAUCAAAUUCAAAACCACGAUACCGGAUUCGAAUUUUCUGUUGCUUCUGCACUUCGUGCUUCAGGACAUUGGAGGCUCGUUACCUAACACGAUCGCUUUGGAGAACGUCCAAACGGACGUAUCGCCAAUUUACAAUACGAACGCCUCCGAGUCACUGAAGAAUCAGCUGUCAGAUGUGCUCGAUUUCUUGGCAGACUUUCACACUUUGAGUAAAGUGAAGAGCUACAGCAAGGGAAUGCAGGCUGGACUAAACGAGGAUACAUUGGGUGGUAUAUUGAAAUGUGGUCUCGCGCAAUAUGUAGCGAUAGAAAUUACUAGAGGCAAUAAUAUAGAGAACAGAGCUGUCGCUCGAUAUCUUCCAUGGCUCUAUAGCGCACCUUCGAUGAUACAGCAAGGAGCUCGAGAGUACGUAGACUGUAUAGGACACAUCAGAUUACUAUCCUGGCUCUUAUUAGGCUCUCUCACGCACACUGCAAUGUAUGCUGGCAAUAAUAAUACGCACACCCACGGGCCAUCGAUUCCAUCUGCCCAACCGAUACCGCAGGAAGUAUCUUGCCAUGUUGCAGAUCACGUGCAAGUCAUAUUUUCUGGAUUCCCAGAACAAUCUAAAGCAUCGGUCUUACACAUGUCUUCGUUGUUUCAUGCUUUCAUAUUGUGUCAAUUGUGGACAAUGUAUUUGGAAGAGUUGUCGAAAAACAAUCCAUCGAAUAGCGAGGGCCAUAAUAUUACGAUGAAUAUUUUAUUGGAGUUCUGGGGCAAGAUAACGCCCUGUAUAUUGGAAUUGAUUCAAUUCUCAAAAGUAUUGGCUGAGAUGGUGAAUUUGCAUUUCCUGAGUCUACUCGAGGCUCUUCUUGAGUGUGGGUCCAUCCUGUUAAGUAAAUUGUUACCCCUUUGGAGUCCCAUACUACAUUCGCAUCAUGUUCAGCUACCAGGACAUUUACAAGUGCGUUUGCAAAAUUGUCGAGACUUUCCACCCAACAAAAUGUCCGAACACUUUGCCUCCUCUCGUCGAGAAUCAAAUGCCACGCUCUUACGAUGGUUGCAUCGAUUACAGUUCAAGAUGGGGCAAAUAGAAAUGCAAUCUUCUACGGCCACGCAAUUUUAUUCCAUUUAAAAGAGAUAAGUCGAAGAAAAUAAACUGUCUAGUUGAUCGGAAAGUGUUUUAUAAAGUACGUUUUCGAAAACGUUGAUUCCUAUAUUAUUUUAGAUGAAUGUUGCAUUCUGUAUAACAAUAAUAAUUUGUUAAUUGUUACAAAAUAUAUUUAUUAUAUUAAAA